AAAGCUACAGGUUACACAGGUCCCAGCGCGGACCAGUGCACCCGCUUGGCCCCUGGAAACCUAGGGUUUUAAGCAGCGGCGGCGCUCCAAGGUUUUUGCGCAGCCUGCGUCACCAAUGGCUUAGCACCUACCCUAUUCGUGUUCCCUCUGCUCCUGCUCCUCCAUGACCAACCCAGUGGACUCACCCACCGCCGCCGACGCCCCCGCCACCAACGAGGAUGACGACGUCGACGACCUCUACGCCGACCUCGACGAGCAGGUCGCCGCCGCGCUUGCCGCCGCGGGGGAGAGCGGUGGCUCCAACGCGAGGGACUCCGACCCGGCCACCGACGGCGAGGGGGAGGUGCCGGACGCUGACGCUGCGGCCGAAGCGAACGAGGCAGUCGAUUUGGGUGACGAGACCGCGGGCUACAGCAGCAGCGACGAGGACAGCGAUGAUGGCCUCCGCAUCGUGCUGAACGAGGACGCCGGCGCGCCAUUCCCGCCGCCGCCUCCCCCUGCGGGCCGCGGCGAGUGGCACGUGGCUGACGAUGAGGAAGGGGAAGAUUCGAGCAGCCGUGUGAAGGAUCCAUCUGUUAAUGACGGCGGCUGGGGCAAGAUUGGUGGGCUCCAGUCGAAGGGACUUCUCGAGAAAACGACAAUACCGAUCACAGAACAAGGUGAUCGAGGCCGCCAGCAUGUGUUUCACAGCGAUUUUAAAUUUUGCUUGCCAAGAAACAGCACAAUUUUUGACAUCAACAUUGAAGCAUUUCAACAAAAGACUUGGAGACAACAAGGCGUCGAUCUUACUGACUACUUCAAUUUUGGUCUGGAUGAAGAAGGAUGGAGAAAAUAUUGGUUUAGCAUGAAGCAAUUAAGACAUGGGGCCAGAUCACUUGCAAAUGAAGCACCAGGAUGUGAUCAGGAAUCAUACAAACUUAAAUCUAUCAAUGUUAUGCCGGAGGUAGCAAAUUAUUCUGGAUUUGAAGGAAGAAAUGGCCUUGCCAAGCCAAAGGGUAGAGCAAUCCAUGUCGAAGGCAGUGUGUGUGAACGUGUUCCAUCAGCAGACAUGUGGCGUCCAAUACAAAGAGAUUCUGAUGUUGUGAUACAAGUAAACAUGAUGCUUUCACCUUCAAAUCAGUCCAAUUCGGAUGACAGCUCAACAUUAAAUCACAAGCGUGCGACUACCAAAAAAAUAUCCAUUGAUCAUUCUGGUGACAGACUUUUGAAGGACUCUAGCUUUGUGGUGGACAAGGUGGUUGGUAAGGAAGUACACGAUGGAGGUUCCUCAGACUGUACUGGGAGCAAACUGGAUAGAAGAGGUUCUUCUUGUGCAAGGGACCAAUCUUCUAAUCCUGACUAUUCUGAUACGCUUUCAGAAGAAUCAAAAGAUGAUUUCUAUGAAUACACGAAACUUAAGGAUGAGCAUGUCAAAUCUGCAUUUUACCACCAUUCAAGUAAAUCAGAUCAAGAAUAUAGCGGAUUUGACAAUCGUAGCUGUACCCUUUCUCCUGUUGAUGAUAGAAAUCACAAGGCAACUAAACUUUUGUGGAGGGAUGAAGCUCCUUUGGCUGGACGAGGCAAGCCUAGUGAUUUUUCUCUUGACUUCAAAAGCGAUCAACGUCUCCUUGAAGCUGCACAUAAUGCAAGAAAAGAACAGAAGAGGCAAUGUUUGGAUGGGGGAAGGCAUGCUGUUUUUGAUGUACAAGAAAAAUCAGUAGAUAGCUACCCUAGUAGGUAUGGUAGGAAGUAUGACCGUAAAAGAUCCAGUUCAACUUCCCUGAGGAACUAUUACCACAAUGCAGUUCACAAUCAAUUGUGUGACAAACAAGAUUAUUCACCUCGGGAAAGAGUAGCUCUGAGAAAUGAUGAGCAUUACUUUAGCAAGGAAUCUAACCGCCAUCGUAGGCGAUCUUCUUGGCAUGAAAUCAGUGAAGGAGACAAUGUUGUGGAGUCCUCUUCAGCCAAGGAGUGGCAGCAACAUCGUGAUCAUGUAUAUCAUUCAAUGCUAAAAGCUGAGAUUUCUAACGAUAAUGAUGGACGAAUGCACAAAGAAAGGUAUUAUCAGGAAAUGAAAAGAGUAAAAAAUGACCAUAGUGUGGAUGAUGAAUUUCUCCAUUACACUGACUACAGAUAUAGCAAGUUGCAGAGUCUUGAGGUUAGAGGCAAAUACAUAAACAAAGGAAGAUGUGCCAAAAGAAAUGAUGAGCGUUUGAGGCAUUCUGACCAUCUUGUGUUGUAUCCUCAGACAAAUGAUAGCCUGAAGAGUUCUGAGAGGGACUGGCCUGCUGCUGGCUUGACUUUUAUGAGCUCAAGAAACAUGUGUAUUGAUAACAAUAGAAUCCGCAAUGCUAAAAUGGUAGAAUAUCAUUGUGAUGGAUAUCAUCAAAAGAACAAGCAUCAUGAUUCUUCAUUUCGUAUUGGCAACAUUCCACGAUCUGCCUUGUACACUGAUGCUGUUGCUGAAACUGGCCGUUGUAUUCUGCCAGUUAAGAGGAAGAUCAAUGCUGAUCUGGGUUCCAUGAACCGUAAAGAUCUUGCUAAUUUAGCGCUUCCAAAAGGAAGAAGAUUGAUGCAUGAUCAAUCCAUGGUCAGUGAUAGGAAGAUAUAUGCUGUGAAGCUGCACAAGUCUACAAAGGAAAAUUAUACAGAAGUUAUAUGUAGUUCCAAUGAUAUGAGAAAUAGUAAUACUGUUUCAAACAUUUUUGUUGAGAGAAGACAUCAACUGGAGAACGCAGAUAACAUCCACUUGAAUGAUAGGAAAAUAAAGUUUAAGAGACGAGGCAAUGAGUUAAUGCGCGUAAUUGAACAUGACAGCAAGGGAUGUCUUUCUGUGGACAAGGGUUUUCACAGUUCCAAGCGUAAGGAUGUACAUCAGAAUGCACGGAAACAGAAUGCAGGCUACCAUCACUCAGGCAAUCAGAAUCUGGAUAAAUCAAUGUGCCAAACAUGGAAAAAUGAAGAAGAUGCGGAGAUCGAGGAGGGAGAAUUGGUUGAACAGGACCAUCAGGAUACUAUUUCCAAAAGCAAGCUUAAUAAACCAAGAAAAGUGCUACUGAAAUCAGUUAUUGAAACAAGCUCAGUAGAGCAGUUACAGGUGAUCAAUGCUAUGCCGAAAGAUGCUGCCCGCAACAACGGGGCUACAAGAGAAUGUGAUAACAGACACAUACUUGAGGUAAUGGAAAAGAUGCAAAAAAGAAGGGAAAGGUUCAAAGAGGCUAUUACCCCCCAAAAGGAGGAAGAUGGUGACAAGAAAGAGCUGUCGGCUGUAGCAUGCAGUGCAGAUGAUAUCCUGAAUCAGCGGCCUGCAAGGAAACGGCGCUGGGGUGGUAAUGGUUAGAUGCAGGAAAUUGAGCCUUUGGCUGGUUAAAUUCACUUGCGCUAGGCAUAGUACGUCCCAGACUAUCAUCUUCUCUUGCCAGAGAUCAAAAUAUCUGGAGAGCAUGUCUACCAUGGUUUGGUCAAAGAUGGUAUACUGUUAUUUUGAUCAUUCUGAUGAUUGGGCUGGGGAAACAAAAUAUAGGAAAGGUUCACAUGUCCUGAAGUUUGUUUUUAUAAUAUAAGAUCAUACAGACUUAAUAUAUAAUUUGUACUGGACUGCUUUCUUCACUGGAGAAUGGUUUACUGUUCCUUGGGAAUUUUAAGGUUGCA